AUGCCUCUACAAAAUUGGAUACAAUCCGUUAAACAAUUCUUCGAGUCUGAUGAAAAAGCACAAGAAAAAACAACCAUAAAGCACUAUCGGAGCGAACAUUCAUCCCAGCUCUUAGCAUUCAUCAAUAUUAUUAAAUCCGAACUUCACAAAUUUAAAAAUGGCGAACACAGUAUAAUUGCCGAUUUAAACGCGCUCAAAUUCAAUGUUAUACCAGACGCUCUUACUUUAUGCGAAUAUACGACAAAUAUUAUUCUCGGAAAUCCAAUCGAUGAUAAUCUUUUAGAAAUGGAAAAGAUCAUUGUUAUACUUUAUACUUUGCCGAAAAACAAUGAGUUUAGUGCUAUCAUGAGUAAAAUUUUCAUUAGUAGCUUAUGGGAGCAACUCUCGCAUCCACCUGCUAAUUUCCUCACCCAAGUCGGUUAUCAAUGGAGAUCAGCUGAUGGGUCUGGCAAUAAUUUAGCAUUUCCUGACAUUGGAAAAUCCGGACAAAAAUACGUCCAGAAUUAUCGGUCGAAACGAUCACAAACGAAUGAUCUUCCAGAUCCAGGACUAAUUUUUGACGAACUCUUGAGACGAUGUCCCGACAAAGAUGGUCUAUUCAAAAAAAGUGAAUCCCUCAUCUCAAGCAAUUUUAUCUAUUUCGCAACACUUAUCACGCAUGACAUAUUUAAUACAGAUCCAAUCGACAAAAGUAUCAAUGCAACAACGAGCUAUUUGGAUUUGAGUCCACUCUACGGUUGGACAAAAGCAAUGCAAGAUUCUAUUCGAACCGGUACGAACGGCCUUCUCAAACCAGAUCAGUUCGCGGAUACUCGAUUUUGGCUUCAACCUGCUGGUGUCACAGUUUUGCUUGUUCUCUUUAGUCGAAAUCACAAUUAUCUUGCAGAACAUCUUCUCAAGAUUGACGAAAAUAAUCGAUUCAGUUCUCUCAAAGAUCAGCAACGCGAUGAAGCACUCUUUCAAACUGCACGAUUGAUUAAUGAACGAACUUAUCUCAAUAUUAUUAUACAUGAUUAUUUACGAGUCAUAUUUGGAAUCAAUCGAGUAGAAAAUUCAUGGAGUUUGGAUGUUCGACAAGAUUUUUCAACUAUUGGCAGUGGCAAUGAUCUACCAAUGGCAACCGGAAAUCAAUGUUCAAUUGAAUUCAAUUUUUUGUAUCGAUGGCAUCAUGCAACUAGUGUCGAGGAUGAAAUAUGGCUUGAACAUAAACUUUCAAAGCUUCUUGGCGAUUGGAAAAAUAUGGAUAUGAAAACGAUGUUUAAAAAAUUAGGAGAGUUAAGUGAAGAUCAAAAGCAGAAUUCUCAACUCGUUCGUCGUGAAGAUGGACGUUUCGAAGAUAAAGAUCUUGCAAGAGCACUUAUUGAUGGUUGUAAGAAUGUUUCGGGUGCUUUCGGUGGUCAGAAUACUCCUGUUUUGUUUCGGAAUAUUGAAAUAAGUGGUAUUUUGCAUGCGCGAAGCAUGGGUGUCUGUACUUUAAAUGAAUAUCGAAAAUUUCUUCAUCUACUAGAAUAUAAAUCGUUCAAAGAUUUGAAUCCAGAAUUGAUUGAACAAUUGGCUAAACUCUAUAAAACGAUUGAUGAUGUGGAAUUGUAUCCUGGUCUUCUCUGUGAACGAAAGAAACCUGCUGUUGACGGAAGUGGAUUCUGUCCAGGCUAUACAACUUCAUUAGCAAUUUUGUCUGAUGCAACAGCGCUCGUUCGAGGUGAUCGAUUUCAUUCCAAAGAGGAAACGUAUUUUAAUCUGACUACUUUCGGCAUGGAAGAUAGUCAACCUAUUGAUACAAUUGACUAUGGUACUCUCAUAGGAAGCAAGUUAAUCUCACGGCAUUUGAGCAGCGUCUACAAUAAAAACAAUAUUUAUGCGGUGUUUCCUUUUACGCUGCCAAGUGAAACGUUGGCGAAUUUGGGUGAAAAUCGAACGAAUUAUGAUUUCACUGAGCCAACCUAA